AAUCAAAUACGAAUUAAGGAAGCAGGGCACCACCCGAGUAUUAUUUUACAGCAGUUCACCAUGCAAGUUUGUUUUCCUAAUCUUUGUUCGACUUCACCUAGCAAUUUCCUAAAUAAGAUAAAAAUCUUAACUUUGUUUUUCAGUUGCAAAUGUUAAGAUGUUCGUUGCGAAAAGUAUAGCUGCCGAGCAUAAAGAUCUCAUCCACGAUGUAGCGUAUGAUUUUUACGGACGUCGGAUUGCAACUUGUUCCACGGAUCAAAGUGUGCGGGUAUGGGACCUUGGGGAAGAUGGUGGAUGGUUCUGCUCAUCCUGCUGGAAGCAUCACAGUGGGUCUGUGUGGAGGGUAACCUGGGCCCACCCAGAGUUUGGUCAAGUGCUGGCCUCUUGCUCAUUUGAUCGAACAGCUGUCAUAUGGGAAGAAAUUGUCGGUGAAUCCAAACCAACUCAAAAAGGUCAGAGUCACUGGAUAAAGCGUGCUGCACUGGUCGACAGUCGAACUUCCGUGACGGAUGUCAAGUUUUCUCCACGUCAUCUUGGCCUUCAGUUGGCGAUGUGUUCAGGGGAUGGAGUGGUACGUUUCUACGAAGCAAGUGACGUCACAAACCUAGCGAUAUGGAGUUCACAGGAAGAGAUCCAAACUAAGUUGAACUGCAGCUGUCUAUCGUGGAACCCAUCCAGAGUCCACCCUCCAAUGAUUGCUGUAGGAAGUGACGAUCCAAGCCCAACGAGUGGAGGAAAGGUUCAGAUUUAUGAGUACAAAGAGAACGAGAGGAAGAAGAAAUGGAAUAAAACGGAGACCCUGAUGAACAUAACGGAAGCUGUCCACGAUCUGGCCUUCGCUCCCAACAUGGGUCGAUCUUACCAUGUCAUCGCCGUGGCUACCAAAGACGUCCGCAUCAUGACCCUCAAGCCUCUCAGGCGUGAUGCAAAUACAAUGGGACCGAUUGGAUUGGAUAUAAAGCAGCCUGCGCAGUUAGAUCACAAUAAUCAACAGGUAUGGAGAGUGAGUUGGAAUGUUACAGGAACCAUCUUGGCCUCUUCGAGCGAUGAUGGACUUGUCCGCCUCUGGAAAGCAAACUAUCUGGGCAACUGGAAGUGCAUUCAAGAGAUGAAAGGGGAUGGUACUUCAGUCCCACCCGCUAUGCCUUUUGCAAGUCAAGAACAGGGUGGCGGCAGGCAAGUACCAGGUGCACAGGAACCCACGUUUGAAAGUCGAAGAACGGCUUCUUUCAUGCCUCCACCGUACCCACGCCGCCAGACCGAACCGAGUCCUCGCACCUACGACGGGUAUGAAAUACUCAGCACCAGCCCGCUCAUCGGUGCCGGCGCCUCUCGGUCCAGGUUCGGUACAUCAACAUAAGGGGAAUGCUGCUCAUACCGGAGUGACUUUUAACUGGACACUUUUGGUAUAAUCAAAGGCCAGUCUUCUCACUUGGUGUAUCUCAACAUAUGCA